GAAAAAUUUGACGAGGGACGGUAUUUCUCGGCUCAGAAUUGUGAAAAGAGUCAAUGAUUGACCCGUUCGAGAUAAGCUACAAACUCGGCCCGCUCAGCAUCUUCUGCCCCCAUGGGGCCUUUGCACUGCAACUUCUGGACCGUGACAAAAACUCCCUAUCUCUUACGUUAUCCACAAGGAUCCAUAAACGGAGAUGCGAGUCAGUUUGGGGUAGAGCAGAUCAAAUGUUCCAACGAAACUCUUUUACGUAGUUGGGUGGGAACAAAUACCCCAGAUGAGAUGGGGUUCAGAUAUAUAAGCGUGCCCCAGACUCUCCAGUUCUUGGGUUCCCUUUCUCUUGUCUAUCCAUCUUUGUUCAACUUGUGAAAGGGAAGAACUGCAAUCAUGAGCCAUUACGAUUCGGAGAAUCAGGCCCCUGAGCCUACUAAGCAUCACGGUGAAGAAGCCGGUGUCACCAACGAUGCUGUCUUUGGAACAAUCACUGAAGAUGGUCCCAACUACCGAAACGUUGGUUGGCUCGGAACUUCAGUUCUGAUGAUGAAGUCCCAAAUCGGUCUCGGUGUCCUGUCAAUCCCUGCCUCCUUCGACGCCCUCGGUCUCAUCCCUGGCAUCAUCUGCAUGCUGUGCAUCGCCGUCAUCACAACGUGGUCAGACUACAUCGUCGGACGGUUCAAGCAGCGACAUCCUGAGGUCUACGGCAUCGAUGACGCAGCUGGUCUUGUGUUUGGACGCUUUGGAAAGGAGUUUUACGGUAUCUCGUACUCGCUUCUGACGAUUUGCAUUGCGGGAUCUGCUAUGCUUGGUAUUUCGAUCGCUUUGAACAGUUUGAGUAUGCAUGGCACUUGCACUGCUGUCUUUGUGGCUGUUGCUUGUAUUGUCGCCUUUGUCACCGCGUCUAUUCGAACGCUUGAUAAAGUCAGCUGGCUUGCUUGGGUCGGUCUCGUCACCCUCGUCACAUCCAUCUUCGUCGUCACCAUCGCCGUUGGUGUUCAAGACCGCCCCGACCUCGCCCCUAAGGAUGGUGUCUGGAAGUCCGACUACAAGCUCUUCAACACCCCUACCUUCGCUGAGGCCAUGUCCGCCAUCGCCGCUUUCAUUUUCGCCUACUGCGGAACUCCCGUCUUCUUCCCUAUCGCGGCUGAGAUGCGAGAGCCCAAGCACUACAAGAAGGCUCUGAUCCUUUGCCAGAGCGUCGUCACUGUCGUUUACAUUGUUGUCGGCAUUGUUGUCUACUACUACUGCGGUACCUACGUCGCUUCCCCUGCUCUCGGAUCUGCUGGAAAGACUAUCAAGAAGGUCAGCUACGGCCUGGCUCUUCCUGGUCUCAUUGUCUCUGCUACCCUCUACACUCACGUUCCCGCCAAGUACGCCUUCGUUCGCCUCCUCCGAGGCUCCAAGCAUCUUACCGCCAACUCCUUCACCCACUGGGCCGUCUGGCUUAGCUGCACUUUCGGCAUGGCCAUCAUCGCCUACGUCAUCGCCUCCGGUAUCCCCGUCUUCGGCGGUCUCGUCUCUCUCGUCGGCGCUCUUCUCGGAACACUGCAGUGCAUGCAGCUCUUUGGCUGCCUCUGGCUCUACGACCACUGGGCUGAGGGCAAGGACAAGUCUCAGCGCACUACCAAGUGGACCAUGAUGGUCAGCUGGUGUAUCUUUGUUAUUGUUCUCGGUACCUUCCUAAUGGUCGGUGGUACUUAUGGUUCCAUCAAGGGUAUUAUCGACUCUUACAACGUGAGCGGCGGUUCUGCCGCUUGGUCUUGUGCCGAUAACUCCAACUCUUCUUAGAGGGUUCAGGGAGGAUAGAUGUUUAGACGUAAUUAUAGAUGUUUUAGAGAUGUUAAAUGCAAGCGUUGAUAGAGUUCAAACAAUGGCCAACCGCGUCUCGUGAACACAUGAACAGUCUCUUCAACGUCACUCUCAAAGUUACGGAGAUCAGACAUUACCCCUUUACGGUUUGGCCACUCACAGCUUCUCCUUCAAGAAACUCACUCUCCACUCCCCCUUCAAAUCUCUUUCAAUUCUCUCAAACACCCCUGGUCCUUGCUUCCCCAAACCUGUCCCCACCGCUACGGCAUAAGCUCCAACGCUCCUCAUCCUUCGAUAACCGUCCCCGUCACGGACUCCACCAACGCCGAUGAUCUUUAUAUGACUCAGUUCCGGGACUUGGUCAAGCAUCUUUCUCAACAUUGACACGUUACCGAGAGCAAGCGGGUGAAGAGGUGGACCGGCCAUGCCACCGACGCCAGUACCUGGUAAUUGGGGGUCUAGCUUGUCGUUUUCAAGAAUGAGACACGACCCGAGAGUGUUGGUGGCGGUGAUGAAGCUUAGAGACGAUGCAGCUGGUAGCAAGGUUUCAAUCAAGGUUGCAAACUGUCCAUGGUGGGUAUAAGGCGGCGUCUUGAUACCAAUGGGCACAGAAGGAUCCUUCGGAAGUAGAUCCAGAUAUUUCUUGAGAGCAGCGCCCCCAUACGCAGGCGGUGGAGCGCCUGGGAUGUUUGGACAGCUCAAGUUGACCUCCAUAGCCAGAGGGAAAGGAAGGGUCUUCGACGCGACCUCGAUGCGCGCAUAGCUUUGUUGUAUGUCCUCGGGGGAGCCCGUAACACUGAUGAUGAAAGUCUUUCGCAAUUGGGGAAGGCGACGAGCAAUCUCUGAUAAGAAGCCGAGAUACCCAUCGAGCUUGAUGGGACUGUAGCCCAGGUUAUUCAAGCUUGCCAUUGCAUCUUCUGUGUGGCCCUUUGGUGGAAUCUGGUUGGAAGAAGUGCCUUGAUUGGGGGCUGCAGUUGCAGGGUUGAAGAAGAGGUAUUGGUGCUGCUCAUGUUGAUGGCCGAAGCCAUUGAUAAGCGAUGUGCGGGUCGUGAUAGCGCCUGUCGAAGGGGAUGAAGCGAUUGCCAGAAGAUCGUUGAUGUCGGUGGCCCAUGGAGUUGCCGAGUUUAGUAAAGGUGGGUUAAUCGUCAAUUGAGGUGGCGCCAUUGUUGUCACUUUGAAGGAAGCGGUUGAGGAAUGAGGAUGAAGAUGAGGGGCUGGAGACUGGCGUUGGUGAUGAUAAGAAUCGUAUUAUGUAAUCACGAAGCAGACCUCUCGUCGCUAAGGCAUGGCUGGGUACUUGUGGGCCAUCAAGAUUACCUUUUCUUAUGGUCAAAUCGCACAGAAAAGGAGGUAUCUCAGGUAAUGCAGCCAACACUCCGUGAC